AUGUUCUCCCACCACACCUCCAAUCCACUCGAGGCAUCUACAGACGACCCCAUCAACACCUCAUACAAAAGGCAAUAUGGAGCGGCGACAGCUCGACGACGACACGACCUUUCUUCCGAAGACGAGCUUGGUACUUGGGACCACCGAGAAUACCAGGAACACAUUCGAGAUGUCGUCCAGAGCACCAAUCGAACGAUGGACACUGCCACUCCCAAGGCGGGCCCCAGUCGGAUUGGCGCCUAUUUCAGGCCAGCGGUGCAGUCCAAGUAUGUCGAUCAAGACGCAGACAUGCAGAGCGACGACCCACUGUCGAUACCCUACGUCGAGGAGCAACGAACAAUCGACCCCAGAAAGGAGUUCAGAGUAGAAGACUCUGGGACAACUUUCAAUAAUGCUGACGAAGAUGAAGAGGAGGGGCACAACUUCGCCAAAGAAGACGUUAGCGAGCAGGCUCUCCAGUAUGUGGACGACGAUGACGACGACUUCAUCGUCCGUGACGACCCUGAUCCCGACGACCCCCACGAACAUGAAAUGAAGCCAGGAAACUACGAAGGCAGCGAGGACGUCUUCAUCCCAGAUAUCGACCACGAUGAGGAGAUGUACGACGCUGCCCGGUCCGACUCACGCCUCUCCUCCUUAUCCCCCUUGACCCCUCUCUCCUCCUCCCACUCCUCACCUUUCUCCUCCCCACAAUCCUCACGCCCCGCCUCCCCAGACGAGGCCCGCACGCUCGACGACAAGCCCCAGGACGAGCAGGACGAGAUCCUCGACGAGAUCGAGGGGCUGUACAAGAGUGUCCCUGACCUCGGCGCGAACUACGAGCUCGUGGACCGUCUGGGGACAGGCACGUUCUCGUCGGUGUACAAGGCGAUCGAUCUCAAGUACGCCGAGUGGGAUAACAAGCCGUGGACGGGCGAUCACCCGCCCGAGAGCAGUGCUUAUUACCAGUCUGCUGGGCCUGGCUAUAGAGGGAGAGGUGGAAGAGGGCCGAGGAAACGGGUAACAAAUGGCGAUGGGGACGCGGAGAUAGACGUGGAACCGGAAGUGCCGUACCAAAAGAGGGAUGGGAGGGUGUAUGUGGCGAUCAAGAGGAUUUACACGACGAGUGGGCCAGAGCGGAUACGCAACGAGCUGAGCAUCCUAGAGACGUGCAGGGGGUGCCGGCACGCGUCGCAGAUCAUCACCGCGUUUCGACACCUAGACCAGGUUGUCAUCGUCCUACCCUACCAACGGAAUAUGGAUUUUCGGGAGUUUUACCCAAGCCUACAUCCGGAGGGCAUCAAGUGCUACUUCCGGUGCCUAUUCCGCGCACUACGCGAUAUCCACGCAAGAGGGAUCAUCCACCGCGAUGUCAAGCCUGCCAACUUCCUCUACGACCCCUUCACAGGCAUCGGCACCCUCUGCGACUUCGGUUUGGCUUCACGUAUGGAAACUGGCGAAAACAAAGGCGCCUGCCUACAUACCGCCGCCUCUUUAAAGGACCCACACGGACGCACGCACACGCUCGACAAGUGGCAGACCGGCGAGGUCAAGGACGCGCAGAAGGCCGCGCGCACAAAGAGCGGGAUGCCCGCCGACAAGGUCGGCUACCCCGCGAACGACCGGCGGCCAGCCAGCAAGGCGAAUCGUGCUGGCACGAGGGGUUUCAGGGCGCCCGAGGUGUUGUUAAAAUGCGGGGCACAGACUGGUGCGAUCGAUGUGUGGGCGGCGGGCAUCAUCAUGCUCUUCUUCCUGACGGGCAAGUUUCCGAUCUUCCAGUCGAACGAUGAUAUCGAGGCCCUGAUGGAGAUCGCGGCGAUUAUUGGGAAGAAGAACAUGGAGAGGGUGGCUACGCUCCAUGCUCGGACGAUAGCGACGAAUGUGCCGGACAUCGACCACGACGGGCUGACAUGGCAGGAGUUCGUGGAGAAGCUCGAGCCGACGAUCCACGAGCCGCGGAAGUAUGACAUGCGUUUCUACCCCCACCUCUGCAAGCACCGCGACGGCCCGGGGUCCCGCCAAUCCCAACAAGCCUCCACCACCUCCACCCAAGACCCUUCCGCCCCCUUUGUGCCAUCCACAUCUUCCAUAUCAACAUCCACCCACGCCGACCGGUACGCCAACCCGCCCACCCGCGAACGGCACACCAAAGACCUGCGCGCGGCCUUCCACCUGCUCGAGGCGCUCCUCCAAGUCGAGUCGACCAAACGCGCGACACCCCGCACCGCGCUCGCCCACGCGUUUCUCGCCGAGCCGGGCGUGGACGACGACGACUUCGUGCCGCACCGCCCGGGCGAGGGAGCGUGUGCGGACUGGCAUGGGGUGGAUGAGGUGACGGGGCAGCUGUUCGUCAGGGUGAGGAGGCGGUGUCGGUGUCGGCAGCUGCAGAAACAGGGGCAUGAAGGUGUGGUAUGUAAGGGUGAGGGAGGAGGGGAGGGAAAGGAGCUCCCCGACGAGGUGUGGUGUGGGGAGCACGUAGAGGUGUUUAGGGAGAUUCAGGUCGGCGAGGGCAUCGCGAUUGGGAAACGCCCUUGUGAGUUUCAUAGGAAUGUCUCGCUCUGA